AUGGCCAGAGACUGGAACAACGCCGAGGUGAAGCCAGUCUUCACACCACCAAAGAACACGUCGUACAGCUACGACCUGUGGGCACCGGAGCUGCACUUCCUGGACGGGGCGUGGUACAUCAUCUUCACGGCGGACGUGGACGCGGACACCCCUUCGCCGGAGCAGGACAUGUACUGCGACUUCAGCUGCCCGGCGGUGAACCACCGGAUGUUCGUGCUGGCGUCGUCGACGGACGAUCCGUGGACGAGCAACUACAACAUGCGCGCCGAGCUGGAUACGUACAACCAGUUCGCGAUCGACGGGACGUAUUUUGUGCACCCGGCGACGGGGGGACAUUUGUACCACGUGUAUUCGUGCUGGGAGGGGUCAUACACGUCGUGGCCGUCGAUGUUGUGCAUCUCGCGCAUGUCGGACCCGUGGACGGUCUCGAGUCCGCUAUCAUCUCGCGCCGUCAUCUCGCGCCCCGACCAGCCGUGGGAAAAGACGCCGUACAACCGCACGAUCAACCAGCGGCUGUCAUCCAACGAAGGGCCCCAGCAGCUAAUUAACCCGGCCACGGGCCAAAUGUUCAUCAUCUACAGCGCCGCCCGCAGCGACAACAGGAACUACUGCCUCGGCAUGCUGGAGCUAACAGGCACGAACCCGAUGGACCCGGCAAGCUGGACAAAGCACACCGCCGGCUGCGUCUUUGCGCAAAAUCCCGCCGAGGGAGUCUACGGCGUCGGCCAUGCCAGUUUCACCACCAGCCCCGACGGAUCCGAGAACUGGAUCGUAUACCACGGCAUGCACGAUUACAUGGAAGGAUGGACCGUGCGCACCAUCCGCACACAGAAGUUCUCCUUCGACGAGCACGACGGCACCCCGGUGUUUCCUGCACCUGGCAUCGGGCCCUACGCGGUUCCUGCCGGGCAGGGACAAGCCCAAGGCCAAGGGUCCCCGACGGCGCAGAGUCCUCGCUCCUCGAAUCCAGCGCUAGUGUACUCGGAGCUCAGCUCCAGGGUGUCUGGAUCUACGUGCAUCACCGCCGCUGCGAGCAGCAGCUGCAGCAGCAUUGACACCUCCCUUCCUUCUUUGCACAGCGUGGGCUGGGAGACUGCCUCGCCGCUGGGAUGGCCAACGGCCACGAUCAAUGCUACUAGUACUUCGUAUUAG